CCAGCCCGUGUGCAGCAGAGCGAUCAGUGAGAUGUCAGUGUCCAUAACGGUGUCAGGCGGAGCACUUUGAACCUGCCACCUUUUGACACACAUCCAGACUCUGUGGGCACGACAUGGGGAACUGCACUUCAAGGAUAAAGAAGAGCAGGAAAGGUGAUUGUGCAGAAGAUGGAAACAGCAGCACAGAAAACAAGCCUCCCGAGGAUGUGUUGUACGCCUCCAUUAACCACGUCACUGCCAAAGUAUCAAGAAGAACCGCCACCCCCACUGACGACGACUGUGACUACGCAACAGUUCACGUCCCAGCAGCACUGCAACCCGAACUUGUGUCAGAGUGCUCGUCUAAAGACGAAGGCGCAGACGAUUACGUGCUCAUGGGGUGAAUAGAAACAAGAGGAAGCUCAUUCGGACUAUUGCGAGAUGCAGGACUCGUAGAUACCGCAAACAGGAUGAAGUGCCCUGUUAAUCAAGUCUUGAUCUUCAAUGAAGAAACUGUGACAGCAGGUGGUUUGCAGAAGCACCCCGAUCCCUAACGUCGCGUCAAACUUUUAUAUUAUAGCAUCGCUUAAAUAUUUCAGAUUGCAAACACUUUUGCAGAAACAUUUGUCAUCAAAAUUGGUUUAGUCACUGUGUGCACUACUACUAUAUGUCGUAUUAAUCGUGGACAUAAGCGUUGGUCUUUGGGCAUUGUUUGACACUCAUCAAUUCAAUUCAGUUUAUUUUGUAUAGCCCAAAAUCACAAAUUACGAAUUUACCUCAAGAGGGCUUUACAAUCUGUACACAUACGACAUUCCCUGACCUUUGACCUCACAUCGGAUCAGGAUAAACUCCCCCCAAAAAAUAGAAAGAAUACUCUUUCACAGGAAAAAAGGGAAGAAACCUUCCUGAGAGCAACAGAGGAGGAUCCCUCUCCCCGGAUGGACAGAAACAAUAGAUGUCAUGUGUACAGAAUGAACAGCGUUACAGAGUUACAACACAUUCAAUGAAUAUGACAGAAAUGUAUGAAUAAUUAGUAGUAGGCAUGGACCACGAUCCAUGAAACAGGAAGAGGUAGAAAGGAGGGGGGGGGGGGCUCAAGAGGUUAUACAGUAUGUAUUAUGAACAUCUCCAAAACGACAUGCCCUGUAGCUGUUAGUUACAAUAUAACUUGAAUGACUGAGCAUCUUAAUCAUAAUACACUUUGCAUUUUUAUUUAAUUUUCAUUUCUUUAAUUUUCAUUUCUUUAAUUUUCAUUUUCUUUAUUAUUUAAAUUCUUAAAUGUAAUACGGCCUGCUAUUUUAUUUCAUUGUAUUGUAUAUACUGUAAACAUGCUUGCUGCUGCUACAAAUGAAUUUCCCCCUGGGGAUGAAUAAAGUAUAUCUAAUC